AUGCGUGCCGCCACCACCUUCGUCUUCGCCCUCGCCGCUGCCUCCGGCGCCCAGGCUGACAUUAUCGGCGACAUCACCAAAGGCGUCGCGUCGGCCGUGACUGACAUCACCCACGGCGUUGUCUCGGCCGCCACCGACGUCGCCAGCCACGCCGUCUCGGCCGGCAACGACGCCGCCAGCCGUGCCACCUCCGUCUUUGGCGACAUCACCUCGGCUGCGCACUCCGUCGCCACGGACAUUGCCAGCGGCGUCGAGUCGCGCGCCAGCGCGGCACGCAAGAGCGCCACGGGCGUCUCGGGCAACGGCAGCACCACGGCCACGGGCGCUGGCGCGAACAACACCAGCUCGCGCACGUCGGCCGGUGCGUCGCCCACGACGACAGGCACGGACAAGAACGCCGGCGGCCACAACGUGCCCCUGACGGGCAUCAGUGCGGCGGCCCUAGUGAUUGUCCUGGGUGCUGCUGCUGUCCUGUAA